ACGUAGCAGGGUGUGCGUGAGUGGGAAAUCCCAAUGAGUAAUAGCUACCACCAAUAAUAUAAUGUUCUGCUAUGGAUAACUAUUAAUUAAACACUGUGAUCAAUCGGUAACAAGGCACAACACUCAAGUGAGCUGAGACUGUAUUAAUUCUGACUCCUCUACAAACUCGUUCCAAAGACAUAAUUCGCGGACUCCUUCGGGAAACUACUUUCGGGAUUGGAAACACUAUACGGAAAAUGGGCAGCUAUCAAAGCAACACAUCUAGCGAAAUCGGAUACUCGUCAAAUCGGGUUCAAUUUGAGGACGACUGGUUUGCUCAAGGAGCCGCGAGACGCGCCUACCGCGGCAAGUACUGCGCAGGUCCGAAGGAAGGGCAGCUGUGUGUUGUCAAGCUGUAUAAGGAAGAAUGGUGCAGCCAUCUCAAUGAGCUUGCAUGGAAAGCAGACACACGUGCGUCUGAGAAAGCUCAAGAAAUGGCGGUCGCGUUUAACCGAGAUCGUCCCACAAGCAAACCCAUCAAGUUCGUCAUACCAGAUAUAACCAACGUUGACACAUCAUCUGGCUUCAACCUACUCUGGUUCAUACCGAUAGCAUCCAACGUGAAAGGAAAACUUGCUGGUACCGCGGAGUCCUCUGCUGAGAUGGUACCCAAGGGUGCCUCUAUUGCGAUCGAGGAGUAUCUCAGAGGCGAAUUUACCAAGUUUAACAGCAACUCGUCGUAUGUCAAUCAUGACGUUGGCGCGUAUGGGCCUGGUGCUUUCAGCCACUACACUUACCACAAGUCGAGAGGUACUCUCCUCAUUAGUGAUAUCCAGUGGAUCCGUCAAGCGGACGGGUACCACUUCACUGAUCCAGCUGUCCAAAGCGUAGAAGGGGUGAGUUCUUACGGUGCAACUGAUCUGGGUGUCUUCGGCAUCAUCAAGUUUUUCCAGAACCACCACUGCAAUGAUCUGUGCCGGGGCUUCAGCAAGCCCGACUUAUCCAAAAUUCCACGGGACGCGCUUGCCGACGUGAACCGCCUUCUCCAGGCUAUCAAGCAGAGACACAGCUCCACCUAUACGUAUGAGUUACAGAGAGCUGGGGUACCAGACCACCGUAUGCGACAGCUACAGAUGCGAAUUCCUCAGGCCAUUGCUGAAUAACCAAAUUUACAAGGCCGUUUUCGAAACCACGGCAUAUUUUAGGCUUGGGGCUUAGAAUCCGUUGGUAGAAAAGCCAGAGCCCAAAGCCCAAAGCCUUGCGGUUCGGAAACGGCACACCCUAAGCCAACAGUCCAUGGCGUUAUUCCUAUUAAGCUUCAUGCAUGGUUUGGCGGGAAGAUUUUGAAACUGUGGCGCGAAAUUAGAGUCACAACCCAAAAGUCAACAAUGAUUGUGUAUGUAUAAAUUUGCCUGUCAAAAAAAUAAUUCGAGGAAUCGUUUUUUGCAGUAGUCUUUUUGCUUGAUGCUGUUCAUACUUUCUGUUGCUUGUUUGUAUUUGCUUAUUCUUUGUAUUUUAAGUAGUCAUUUUAAGUAGUCUAUUGCGUUGUUUUAGAGCAACGGGUAGGAUUAGGGAUGGAUGAGUGAAAGGUGGGCGACGCGAUGGUGGCCGAAGAAAGAACGAUUAAUUGGGGAGCGGGCCUCGGGGAAAAAAAGGGAAACAAAGUAUCCAGUUUUGUUAAGGCAAUGGACACGUUUAGUUUUGUUAAGGCAAUGGAUACGUUUGGUAACUUAUAUUCAAACUAAUAAUGUUUGUGUAAAACUUGAAUACUUUGUUACAAGCAACGGAGAGCUGUUUUGUAGUAUGAAACAUUGUGAGAAACGUUCUGAAGUAACACAGAGUUUGUGAAAAAAACUAUAAUUUCUCACUGAGAUAAUCAUUUGAGUAUGAGGAUGAGACGGACUUCAGGUUAGGCCUGAAGCCAUUCGGGCAUCUGAAAACACUUUGUGCAAACAGGGCGUUUUUCUUUCUUGCAACUUCGAUGACCAUUUUGAGCACAUUAAUUUUCAAAGGAUUGCCAUUUUAUGCAUUUGUUAUGUUGGAAUAAACCAAGUGAGAAAACUGAUCUUUGACAAUAUUACCAAACAGGUCCCGUGCCUUUAGUCAAGUGAUUUUUUUAAACUUUCUGAACGAGUAAUUUUUCAAUUUUUUCAUUGAUGUGCAGAAAAUGAAUUAAUGUUAAAAAUAAACAGAGUGAUGUGUGGUUUCUGUAUCUUACCACGCUCGCCCUUUGCGCUUUCAGUCAGGUGGUAACAUCAUUUUUUUGUAACUCUUAACAAUAUAAAGUUUACUUACAAUAAAUAAUGUGUAACAAUUGUGAAUUAGUUUUCUAAAAUCAUUCACAAUGUUAAAACAGU